UUGUCGAAUAAGUGUGUACUUAACCUAAACCUAAACCUUCAAUUUGCCUGUAUUAUGGAAUAGUUGGUGAAUGUAUAAGUUUUUUCGGGGGAUAUUGAUAACUAUUACAAGAUUGGAUCCAUAGAAACCCGUUGUUUCGUUUAUUACAUGAACUUGAGCUUCAUCGCAGUUUAAUUCUUUAACGUACACCGAAGUGUGUCAUGAACAGCCGCAAAAGCUCUUUGCCAGAAAGCGUGUCACAGGAAGCGCAAGAAGACGAAGAAAGCAUUCCUGUGGGUAAUGAGGAUAGCGAUGAUGGAGCUGAUAGCUCUAGCAACGAUGACCUCUUCAGCGACUUUAGUGAGGACAGCGAAUGCAGUACCGACAGCUUGGAUGGCAGAAAUGUCCAGUUUAGGGACAAACUUAGGCGCUGGGCGCUUUCUUGCAACCUCAUCCAUUUUGCUGUAGGUUCUCUUCUUACCUUACUUAAAGAGGAAACAAGUUUUAAGUUGGCAAAGGAUCCACGGACUCUUUUAAAAACAAAGAAAGCAACGUCCAAUGUGAUAGAAAACAUCGGAGGGGGCGAGUUUUGGUACAACGGUGUUGCAAAUUGUCUGACAUCGUACUUCACGAACAUUAAACCCAAAGCAUCAACUUUUUGGUUGGAUUUUGCUAUGGACGGAUUGCCCAUCCAUUAGAGCGGCCCUAC